AUGGCCUCAGUUCAUGCUCCCCAUAUCGGCCAUCUUUAUACCAUGAUCCUCGCCGACGUGCUCAAGCGAUGGCAUCAGCUCAAGGGGUCGGAGGCCUUUCUCAGCACCGGGACGGACGAACACGGCAUGAAGAUUCAGCAAGCGGCGCUCCGUCACGAGAUCGAACCGAAACAGCUCUGUGAUCAGAACGCGGCGGAGUUCAAGAGGCUGGCGGCCAGCGGCGGGAUCAGUGACGACGUCUUCAUACGCACCACGGAGGCUAAGCACUACGCGGCUGUCGAAACAUUUUGGCGCAAGAUGAAAUCAGAUAUUCCCCCACACCUUGGUCUAUACAAAGGAAAACAUUCAGGCUGGUACAGCGUCGAAGACGAGUGCUUCUACCCCGAAAAGCUGGUGGACUCCAUCAUCGUCCCACAAACAGGGCAGAAGAUCGUGGUCAGCGCCGAGACCGGUAGUAAGGUCGAGUGGGUAGAUGAAGAGACCUGGUUCUUUCCUUUGACCAAGUACCGGGACAUUUUGCUGGAGUUUUUCGACAAGAACCCUACCUGGAUCGAGCCAGCGAGCAAGAUGAGCGAAGUGCGCGAUUGGGUCGAGAACAACCUGGAAGAUUUGUCGGUGACGAGGCCCUACCAACGCUUGAACUGGGGUAUACAAGACCCGGAUGACCCAAGCCAGACAAUAUACGUCUGGGUUGAUGCUUUGGUGAACUACUUGACAAUCACUGGGUACGGAGAGAGUUGGGACUCGCCGGACGCCGCUGACAAAGGGAUGUGGCCAUCGGAUGUGCACGUUGUCGGCAAGGAUAUCAUCCGCUUCCACGCCGUUUACUGGCCUGCGAUGCUCUUGGCGCUUGGGCUCCCCAUGCCGAAGAAGAUCCUCUGUCACAAUCACUGGACAAUGUCCGGGCGGAAAAUGUCCAAAUCCAUAGGCAAUGUUGUGGAUCCUUUCGAUGCCGUUCAGCGCUGGGGUGAUGAUCCCUUGCGCUACUUUCUCAUGCGGAACGGUUCUUUGCACCGCGACACUGACUACUCCAACGAUCUCGUGCACGCUGUAUACACAAAGGAACUCCAGGCGAACUUGGGCAACGCCUACUAUCGUGUGGCACGCCCUAAAGGAAAGACUGCGUGGUCUACGAGGAGCGCGGUGGAUGCCUAUUGCGAUGGCGUCUUCACGGCGCACCGUGACCUCAACUACAGUGCGAGACCGGAACUACAUUUUACAGCUCUCGACGAGACCCUCAGUCAGGUUUCGCUGGACUUUGCAGAGUUCAUGGACAAGCAUGACAUUCCGUCUGCUAUCCGAGUGGUCACUGACCUGCUCACAGAGUUGAAUCGCUUCCUGAGUGACACUGAGCCGUGGCACAUCUCGAAAAGAUCUAUGGGCGGAGACGAGAACGCGGCUGUCACGCUGAAUUGGGUCAUCUUCAAGGCUUGCGAAGCGCUUCGAAUCGCUUGCAUUCUGCUGCAGCCCAUCAUGCCAUCCAAGGUUGCUCACAUCCUCGACGAGCUCAAAGUGCCACUUGAGCACCGCACCCUGGAAUGGGCUAGACCGGGCCUUGAAAGAAAUUAUGGACUUACACAAGCUGAGAUACAGGCCUUACGCAGGCCUGACCAGCUCACAGCCUCAACUCAGUUCCAACUCCAGUCUCACACACCACAAGUCGUUGUUGCAAGAUUCACAACCAUGAAGUUGAACUCGAAGACAGCUGUUGCCAGUAGCAGGGUGCUCCUCGUGCCCUACGAGGGACAUCAUGUGAGCAAGUACCACUCUUGGAUGACCGACCCGGCCCUUCAAGCAGCCACGGCGUCAGAGCCACUGUCUCUCGAAGAAGAGUACAAUAACCAGCGCUCCUGGCGCAACUCGGCCGACAAGCUGACGUUCAUCGUCUGCCAGCCCAUUGACCGGUCUCUUGACGGGCGUGGCGACAUUCCCUUCAUCAGAAUAAACACGCUGGAUUUGGAUAGCAUGUCACGUAUGACUGGCGAUGUCAACUUCUUCCUGCACCCGUGGGAUGCGGAAGGUGGCCAGGAGGGCUGGCUCGUGGGCGAGAUCGACGUUAUGAUCGCAGACCCUGAGUUUCGCAACCAGGGGAUGGGAAAGGCCGCUGUGAUGGCUCUGUUGGUGUACGUCCAGGUGCAGAUGGGCUUCAUCCUGGAGGAGUACGUGAUGAGCAAACAGGCCGACGGUGUCUCGGGCGCGAGCCUCAAGGCGUUCUUUGUCAAGAUCAAGGAGGGCAACGUGGCCAGUCGCAAGCUUUUCGAACGAUUGGGCUUCCGACAGGAGGGCCAGAAGAACUACUUUGGAGAGUACAAGAUGGUCAUGCCGCUGGAUGAAUUGCAGAAGCAGCCAUGGUGGGACAACGCGCUGGCGGAUUGGAUCCAGAUCCCUUAUGGCGGUUUGAGGGAUCAGCUCAAAUUCAUGGAUUGA